AUGAUGUCCCUGGGUGUCACUAAAGGAGGGCUGAUCCCGCCCACGGACGAGGAUCGCCGCAGGAUCAUCCGGCAGAUGAAGGUUCGCACCACCCUGCGAGGGGACAAGAGCUGGAUCCAGCACCACAACUCCGACUCAGACGAAGAGAAGAGCAGCCCCCUGUCUGGACAGGCUGGUGGGAGACCCCCAGCCCCCAAACCCACUGCUCCCCAGCAGGACAGGUCCUCUGCAUCCAAGCCUCAGCCUGGAUACCUCAUCAGGGGUGUGUUCACCAGGACCAUCGACAAAAGCUCGUCCGUGCCGGAUCCUUCACCUUCCAGCCAAGCACAGAAAAACACUUCCCUGAAGGGACAGAGCCGCUCCCCCUCCGGAUACAGGAUGACCACAGAGGACUACAAGAAACUAGCUCCGUACAACGUCCGGCAGAAAUCCGUGGAUGGGGAGGAGGAGGAUGUGCCUUUUUCUCCAGAUGAGCAUAAGAAGAGGACGGAGGCUGCCAACAGCGUCCUGCGGCGCUCGGCCGGCCGCGAGCGCGCCUACGUCCUGUCUGCAGCCAAGAAGAGCAACGGCAGCCCAACACAGGAAUUCCCACCCCUGUUUGCCAAGAGAAUUGAGAUAGAAGAGGAGGAAGGACAGCAGAGGAGGAGUCCGACCGUGCCAGGUUCAUCCAGGUUUGCUCCGGAGAGCAGCAGUGCUAAUGGGCUAAGAAAAACCAGCCCUGGGUCUUCCUGGGAUGAGCCAAAGGCAGCAGCAGCCUCUCCCUCCAGCCCCAAACCAGGCAGCAGGAGCCAAACAUCCCCAUCCCUGAGUGACACUUCAGGGAAAAUCUCCACUUCUGCUGAAAUCAGGAAUGGUGAGGACAAACAGGCCCUGCAUGAGAAAUUCUCCUUGGAAACGGUGUCCCAGGGUGGAGAUGGUGACAAAGCUCUGAAGGAAAAGCCUGAGAGGUUCCCGUGGGAUGAAGGGGCCCCCAGAGCCAUAAGGGCUUCUACAAAUGGAAGGUCACCCUUGCAGUCUGAUGUCCCCUUUCAUUCCACUGAGAGAGCCCCUGUGCACAUCGAGGACACAGAAUAUUCCUUUAAAAGCUCUGUCCUGGGCUAUGAGGAGAGGAGCAGCUCCACGAACCCUGAGGGCCCAUCCCACCACCAGCCCUACUGGGAUGAGACAAGGUCGGAUCUUCGCUCCCAGGACACUGCUGGGAGCAGGGACAGGGACAUGGGAAUGUCAUCCUGUGUUCAGAGUGAGGAAAGCACUGCAAGAAGGUCCAGCUCUGUUCCUGGAGGAAGCAGCAUCCCAGCUCCAGAGAUUCCACAUGCAAACGAGUCUGAGCCACGCCGGGACAGGUCUGACUUCAGCUCCCAGGAGAGUGUUCGCAGUGCCCACGAGCCCCAGCCCCCCAUGCCUCUGUUCCAGGAACGCCAAUCCUUGGGAGGCUCUGUGCCCAGCCACAGGAUUCCAGGCUACGUGGACAGUCAGCUGUUCAGCAUCAGCAGGCCCAGCGCGGAUCCCAAAGGGAGCGUUUAUUCUGGGAGCAGCAGCCCCAGGAGCAGCUGGUAUGACAGUGCCAGGGGGCACGGGGACUUCAACCCCCUUGCAGCACGCCACGACUCCCUUCCCAGAGAUCCCACCAUGUCCAUGUCCCAGAGAAGCCACAGGGUGCCGUUCUACAUAGACAGCUUAAACUCUAACAGCUCCAGGCUCCUCUCCAGUUCCAGUGAGAGGCUCUGCAGCUCCCACCACAGCUCUGGGUACCAGCCUGACUCCAGCACUGCCGGGAGAGGGAUCCUCUUUGUCAAGGAGUACGUGAACACUGGCGGCUUUGCAGCCUCGCCACGCCACGGCAGUGGCAGCCUUGUGGAUUUGAGUGACCUGGAGAGAAGCAGCUACAGCCACCACAGUUACCUGUCCAGUGCUCCCCUGCACAGGUCCAGCGAGCCCCUGUGCAGCUACUGCAGCCGGGAGAUCCGAGACUGCCCCAAGAUCAUCAUAGAGCACCUGAACAUCCACUGCCACGAGUACUGCUUCAGGUGUGGAAUUUGCCACAAAGCAAUGGGAGAUCUCCUGGAUAAAAUAUUCAUCCACCGGGACAUUGUCCACUGUGACAAGUGCUACGAGAAGCUCUUCUAG